AAUGAACGCUGGAAGAAAAAAUUAAUGGAGUAAACCCAUGACUGGUUUAGUUAAUGAUUAAAAAGUUUUAGUUGAUUAAUAUUUACCUAGAAAAUGUGAAUGGACAAACAGAAUUAUUCAUUCAACUGAUGCAUCUUCAAUUUAAGUCAAUGUUGCUGAAGUAGGAUAAAAUGGAUAAAUGAGUGGCAAAAAAACCUCUAUUAUUUUAAGUGGAUAUAUUAGAGCUAAAGGAGAUUCUCAUGUUGCUUUAGAAACUGUUCUUAAAGAAAAAGGUUUAUAUCCUAUUUUGGAAUGAUGUUAGUGUCAUUUUUUAUUUUUG